UCAUCAAGUUUCAUUACCACUAAUAAAGUAAUUCACUAAUACUAAAAUAUUAAUAUAUAAUAAAUCUAAGUUUACGAACUUGAUAAAUAUACAAAAUUGUGUUAUUUAAUAACGCUUCAUAUUUGACACAUUCACAACUGAAACAAUGUGAUCUCAAAUGUGUGAAUGAAGAGUUGAUGAUUCGGUUAUCAUUUUGAUCUUUGAGGAAACUCAAAAGUUUGAACCGGUCGACUUUAAGAGUUAAAAAAAGCUUUAGAAAGAACACUGGCUUAAAAGAAAGAUGUUUAUAUUUUUGGUCGUGUAAUUUAUUUAUAAAACAAUUGAAACAUUUGCUUUGGAUAUUGGAUAUCGAAUAAAGCUCUUUUUUUCCAGGGAAAGUGAUGGAGGCUUUUAAGCACACAUUGCGAAGGCUGGUCAGCUUUAGGACACCACAGAUGCGAUUGUUCUCAGAGGGCAGACCGAAUGAACCGACGAUACCUGAAUACGAGCAUAGGAAGGACGAGUCUGCUGUGAUAAGGAAGGCACGCCUAUUGUACCAGUCGAGAAAACGUGGGAUGCUGGAAAAUGAUCUUAUCCUGAGUACGUUCGCUGACAAAUAUUUGCAAAAAAUGGACGGUGAAUUGCUUGAGCAGUAUGACAAGCUGAUAAAUGUGCCACUGAACGAUUGGGACAUUUACUAUUGGGCUACUGGGAUUAGGGAUGUACCACCCGAGUAUGACAACAAAGUCAUGGCCCUCCUCAAGGAUCAUGUGCUCAAUACAAAAAAAGAAUCACGGAUUAGACAGCCUGACCUACCUCAUGAAAUCUAGUCAUAAACGAAUAAACUAAUUGCUUUGUUAAAUAAAUGAACUUGUUAGUUUUUGUAUAAA